AAAUGGAAUCCGGCGAAAAUUCACAACAGGAUGAGGGGCGAGGGAGAGAUUCGAAGAGAGGGAAGAAGAGUUGAUUAAAAAUUUAAAAAUACAUAGGCUUAAAAUGGAAAUCCAAAGAGGGUAUAAUCAAUGCAAUCCAUCUGAACCGUUGAUCUAGUUCUAGAUGAAUCUUUGCCAUCCAUUGAUUGGUGUUUAAUUAAGUGAGUACCCAAUUCUUAAAGAGAGAAAAGAAGUGGGAGAUUGAUAGAAACGGUGGUCUUCUAUAUUCUCCCUCUCAGGCGGCUGUUGCAGCUGGGAAUUCCGACAUCGCUGCCACAAUGGAACCCGAAGACGCAACAACUCGUGUCUCAGAACCCUUCGCAUCUCUUCCUGAAGAUUUCCUCCAUGUUCAGAAACUCAACCCUCCCGAGCUGUCCUCGGAAGCUGUGGAGGUGUUCUUAGGACAGGUGACAGUGCCAGUGCGACGGCGGUUGAGUCUGGUGGGUUGGGAGUCCAAGCAGCUGUGGUAUCUAUCUGGUGCUUCCAUUGUUGUCUCCAUCUUCAACUUCAUGCUGAGUUUGGUGACCCAGAUAUUCAGUGGCCAUUUGGGUACCUUAGAGCUUGCUGGUGCUUCCAUUGCCAAUGUUGGGAUUCAAGGUCUUGCUUAUGGGAUCAUGUUGGGCAUGGCUAGUGCUGUGCAGACUGUAUGUGGCCAGGCCUAUGGAGCAAGGAAGUAUGCUGCCAUGGGCAUCAUUUGCCAAAAAGCCAUAUUCUUGCAUCUCGGAGCAGCUGUCCUCCUAUCCUUUUUGUACUGGAACUCCGGCACCAUCCUCCGAGCAAUUGGUCAGUCAGAUAGCAUAGCAGCAAAAGGACAGAUUUUUGCCCGCGGAUUGCUCCCUCAACUAUAUGCAUUUGGAAUCUAUUGCCCUAUGCAGAGGUUCCUCCAAGCACAGAACAUCGUAAACCCCUUAGCUUACAUAUCAGUUGGGAUCUUCCUUGUGCAUAUACUUCUCACAUGGUUGGUUGUGAUUGUGGUGAAGUUUGACCUUCUGGGAGCAGCUCUUACACUGAGUUUAUCUUGGUGGCUGCUUGUAUUUGUCACUGGUCUUUAUAUAAAUUUUAGCCCAUCUUGCAAGGAAACUUGGACUGGGUUCUCCAUGAAGGCCUUUAGGGGGUUAUGGUCUUACUUGAAGCUGACACUGACAUCUGCUGUUAUGCUGUGCUUGGAGAUAUGGUUCAGCCAGGGACUUGUUCUUGUAUCAGGGCUGCUCCCUAAUCCUACAAUCUCACUUGACUCUAUUUCCAUUUGCAUGAACUAUCUAACCUGGGACAUGGAGUUUAUGUUAGGCCUCAGUACAGGAGCCAGUGUUAGAGUGGGAAAUGAGCUAGGGGCUGGUAACCCAAAGGUUGCUAGAUUCUCGGUGAUGGUUGUUAAUGCAACAAGCGUCUUGAUCAGUGUUAUAUUAAGUGCAUUUGUAUUGAUAUGUCGCACCACACUAAGUAGGGCUUUCACAAGUGAUGAUGCUGUCAUUGAAGCAGUUUCAAAUUUGACUCCAUUGCUUGCAACCUCAGUAUUCCUAAAUGGAAUUCAACCCAUACUUUCAGGGGUGGCCAUUGGGAGUGGAUGGCAAGCUCUGGUUGCUUAUGUUAACCUAAGCACUUACUACAUCAUUGGUCUUCCUAUUGGAUAUGUUCUUGGCUUCAAAAAGGGCCUUGGAGUGGCAGGAAUUUGGUGGGGAAUGAUAUUUGGAGUUUUUCUUCAGUCAAUGACCCUCAUUAUCUUGACUGCCAGAACAAACUGGAAUAAAGAGGUUGAAAAAGCUGCCGAACGAUUAAAGAUAUCUGCGGAUGAAGAAACACUUGACUUAGUGGAGAACACUGCAUGACCAUUCCCACGAUUUUUUUUUUUUUGGAUACUACUAGGAAAAGCAUCGUCAAUGUCUACAAUA